CAUCCCUCAACUCCAACCCCACACCCCAAAACUGCCCAAAUUCCCAUUCUCACCUCACCAAUGGACGAAAUUCCCGCUUUUUCCCCUCAGGAUCCCGAGGGGAAGCCCAAGAAAGCCUCGAUCCGGGACAAUCAGGACGGCACCUACACCGUGUCCUACGUGCCGGACAUGACCGGCCGCUACACCAUCCUCAUCAAAUACGGGGGGGAUGAGAUCCCCUAUUCCCCCUACCGCAUCCGGGCCGUGCCUACCGGCGACGCCAGCAAGUGCACGGUCACCGUUUCCAUCGGAGGUCACGGCUUAGGACCAGGCCUGGGCCCCACGAUCCAGCUCGGCGAGCAGACCCUGAUCACGGUGGACGCCAAGGCCGCGGGCAAGGGCAAGGUGACGUGCUCGGUGUGCACCCCCGACGGCUCCGAGGUGGACGUGGACGUGGUGGAGAACCCCGACGGCACCUUCGACAUCUUCUACACCGCGCCCCAGCCCGGCAAAUACGUCAUCUGCGUGCGCUUCGGGGGCGAGCACAUCCCCAACAGCCCCUUCCAGGUCAUGGCCACGGACCGGCCGCUGCUGGGGGUCAACGGGCUGGACAUGGCCGGGCUGCGGCCCUUCGACCUCGUCAUCCCCUUCACCAUCAAGAAGGGCGAGAUCACAGGUGAGGUGCGCAUGCCCUCGGGCAAGGUGGCCACCCCGGACAUCACGGACAACAAGGACGGCACGGUGACCGUCCGGUUCGCGCCCAGCGAGGCCGGGCUGCACGAGAUGGACAUCCGCUGCGACAGCAUCCACAUCCCAGGCAGCCCCCUGCAGUUCUACGUGGAUUACGUGAACAGCGGCCACGUCACCGCCUACGGGCCCGGGCUGACCCACGGCACCGUCAACCGGCCGGCCACGUUCACCGUCAACACCAAGGACGCCGGAGAGGGGGGUCUGUCCCUGGCCGUCGAGGGCCCCUCCAAGGCCGAGAUCAGCUGCCAGGACAACGGCGACGGCACCUGCUCCGUGUCCUACCUGCCCGUGCUGCCCGGGGACUACGGCAUCGUGGUCAAGUACAACGACAAGCACAUCGCCGGCAGCCCCUUCACCGCCAGGAUCACCGGUGACGAUUCCCUGCGCCAGUCCCACCUCAAGGUCGGCGCCUCGGCCGAGAUCCCGCUGGACUUUGGGGACAUUGGGGACCUGAGCCAGCUGAGCGCCACCGUCACCGCGCCCUCGGGGCGGCGCGAGCCCUGCACGCUGAAACGGCUCCGGGACGGCCACCUGGGGAUCUCGUUUGUCCCCCAGGAGGUGGGGGAGCACCUGGUCCAUGUCACCCGUGGUGGCCAACCCCUGCCCCGCAGUCCCCUGUCUGUCACCAUCAGCCAGGCCGAGCUCGGCGACGCCUCGCGGGUGCUGCUGCGGGGCCCGGGCCUGAGCGAGGGCACCACGUUCCAGCCGGCCCAGUUCACCAUCGACACCCGCCAGGCCGGGUACGGGGGCCUGAGCCUGUCCAUCGAGGGCCCCAGCAAGGUGGACAUCACCACGGAGGAGCUGGAGGACGGCACGUGCCGCGUGUCCUACUGCCCCACCGAGCCCGGCAACUACAUCAUCUCCGUCAAAUUCGGGGAGCAGCACGUGCCCGGGAGCCCCUUCUCGGUGAAGGUGACGGGCGAGGGCCGGGUCCGCGAGAGCAUCACCCGGCGGCGCCGCGCCCCCCCCGAGGCCAGCGUGGGCACCCCCUGCGACCUCAGCCUCAAAAUGCCCGAGCUCUCCAUCUCGGACGUCACGGCGCAGGUGGCCGGUCCCUCGGGCCAGCCGGUGGCCGCGCAGGUGGUGCCCGGUGCGGGGGGCACGGUCGGGGUCCGGUUCGUGCCGCAGGAAACCGGCGCCCACCGGGUCAGCGUCAAGGACCGGGGCCAGCACGUGCCCGGGAGCCCCUUCCAGUUCACCGUGGGACCCCUGGGCGAGGGCGGCGCCCACAAGGUCCGGGCAGGGGGGCCCGGGCUGGAGAGGGCCGAGGCCGGGACCCCCGCCGAGUUCAGCAUCUGGACGCGCGAGGCCGGCGCCGGGGGUCUCUCCAUCGCCGUCGAGGGUCCCAGCAAGGCCGAGAUCGCCUUCGAGGACCACAAGGACGGCUCGUGCGGGGUCUCCUACGUGGUGCAGGAGCCCGGUGACUACGAGGUGUCGGUGAAGUUCAACGACGAGCACAUCCCCGAGAGAGGGGACAGAGCCGAGUUUUAG